UCCUUACUGGCUCCUCUGUCACAUAUCCACUGUGAUCGUUGAGCCAGUUUGAGCCAUUUAACUUGUGUUGUGCGUGUACAUAACAAUGAAGGCAUUUAUCGCAAUCCUCUUCGUGACUGCCUCAGUUCUUGCUGAACCGAGCAAAGUAGUCCAGAAGCGCAGCGGCUUAGUCGGCCAUUACGGCGCGCCUCUCUAUGGCCACGGCAUCGGAGUGGCCUCAGGGCUCGCAGUCCACGGCGCUGCCAUCGCCGGCCCUGCUAUCGGACACGCAGUCGCUGCUCCAGCUAUCGCCGGUCCUGCUAUUGGCCAUGCUAUUGCAGCAGGUCCAGCUGUAGCGCAUUUCGCAGGUCCAGCUCUGGCAGCAGGUCACGCAUUAGCCGCCGGUCCAGGUAUCGCUGGUCCGCUUAGCGCUGGAAUAUUGGCCGCGGAAGCAGCUGGCGGCGCUGUGAUCGGCGCUAAUGUCCACACGACAGUCACCAAGCAUGUUGGUUUCCCUGUGCCCGCGCCUUACCCGGUUGCUGUGGACAGGCCCGUCCCCUACCCCGUUAGAGUGAACGUGCCAGUGCCAGUAGAUCGCCCUUACGCUGUGCCAGUACCCCGCCCGUACCCCGUCGCGGUGGAGAGGCACGUCGCAGUACCCGUCGACAGGCCUGUACCAGUUCCCGUACCUCACGCUGUGCCUUAUCCCGUCAUUAAGCAGGUCGGCGUCCCAGUUCCCGCCCCGUACCCAGUCGCAGUCCCCAAACCCGUGGCGGUACCAGUAGCAGCUCCCGUCGCAGUUCCAGUGGUCAAGUCAGUGGUCGGAGUCGGCGCCGCCCUCGCAGGACCCAUCGGCCACGGACUUCACUCGCACGGUGGUCUCCACUCUCUGCAUUCCAAAUACGGGUGGUAAAUUAAUUGUCAAAUCACUCUUACGUUCCGAUUUUAGACAUUAAUUCACUGUUGGCUUAAGACAAGGCUCAAAUUUGCUGAUAAAAAUUAGGAAUUUCUUAUAUUGCUAGAUGUAAAAAUCUGGAACGUACAAGUGACAAAGAAAUGUUUCAAAGGCAUUUUCUUAUGGGGAUUCUGUAUAGAAAAAUAUAAUGUGAUUUAGAUUAAGUUAGAUUAGGGUGUGAGUGUUUUUGGUAAAGUAUUGUAGACCAUAGAUAUGUCAAUGGUCUAUGCCCAUAUUUUCGGCCAUCAUACUGUACAAAAAUGUAGAGCGCCAUUUUGAAUUUUUUGUUGGGGUGACCAUAUUGCCAUAAAUCAUCUUAAUAUAUAUUAUUUAUCGUAUAUUAAAUUGGGUUGCCAUAUUUUAAUCAAUUUAAUCAUAUAUUAUGUAACAUUUAUUAUUAUCCAAUAUGCUUGAAGUGGUACAGUAUUUUUUCAAUUGAAACGUGCAAAGGCGUAUUGAAAUUCGUUCAUAUUUUCGGAGACAUUUUCAGCUGAUCUCUUUCGAUAUAUUGUUGGGAAAGAAAUGUAUGUAUGUACCUGGACAAUGCACAUUUGUAUGUAAAUAUUUUAGCUUUAAUAAUCAACGGAUCAAGAGUUUAUUUCGACCGCAGUCGACUAAAAACUAUUUAACAUACGAUUUUUAUACGACUUUUAUAAUAAAAUAUAUGAUGAAAUA